GGAGAGUCUUCUGGAAAUAAAUGCAAUCUACGAGUCCACAACUUCGUCGAUCUUUAAGUUUCAUUUCUGACGCAUUAUAAUCGAGAUGGCGCAACUACUCCGUGCUCUUGUCUGGUGUGCCAUGGUGCUCCUGUCAUUCGCAUUCGGUGAAGACGACUGGGCACAGUGUUCAAUUUGUCGUUGCAAAUGGAGAUCUGGCAAAAAAUUUGCAGACUGCUCUAACUCAAGUCUUACAGCUAUACCAUCAUUGAGUCCUGAAAUUCAAGUACUCGAAUUGUCCGGUAACCCAAUCGCAGAACUUUCAAGAGAAGUAUUUGAGAAUGCAAGAAUAAAUAAUUUACAUCACCUUCUUAUGCGCGAUUGCACUCUUCAAGAACUGCAUCAAGAUGCUCUAAAAGGUCUCUCCAUUCUUACGGAGCUGUAUUUGGAACAUAAUAAAAUACGUGUCCUUCAUUCCAGCACGUUUGUUACGAACGUUAAAAUUCGUAUAAUAUUUCUCAAUUAUAAUCUUAUUGAACGAAUAGAAGACGACACAUUUAAAGACUUGAAAUUUCUUCAGCGUGUUGAAAUCCGCGACAAUCGUUUGAAGAAAAUAGGAUCAAAUGCAUUUGUCAAUACCCCAGUUCUGAAAACCGUUGCUUUAGAUGGUAAUCAAUUGACCCACAUCAGGAUAGAAACGCUAGAUAAACUAGAUAAACUAGCUAGUUUAGAUCUAGAUAGGAAUCCUUGGACUUGUGAUUGCCGCAUGCGAUCUUUCAGAGAAUGGUUUAUUGACCGCAAUCUGUAUACCAGGCCAACUACAUGCGCAGAACCACCUCGUCUUCGUGGUCGUCUCUGGCCAUCUUUGGACCCGAAUCAAUUUGCAUGCAUCGUGAAAAUUUUAGAGCCACGACAAGGUACUUCGGCAGAUGUAGCUGUUGGCGGAUCUGUAACACUGCCAUGUCGCGCAAGUGGGGAGCCAUUGCCAGAAAUAAAAUGGAUCAGAGAUGGACGGGUGGUACUACCUAACCAUCAGUAUGGCGAGCGUUAUAAACUUAGUGAAGGUAUAGCAGAUGCAACAUCGAGAUGGCUCAAUCUAACCAUCACUGAAGCACGCGCUCAGGAUCGCGGCGAUUUUAGAUGCAGCGCUGCAAACGCGGCAGGAAUGGCGGAAGUCGACAUGCAGUUACUGGUCGCAGGUGGUGGACGCGGCGGAUUUGGUUCCUCUGGAUCUUCUGGAAAUUCUGUCGAUAGCGUCCUACUCAUUGCUACUUGCGUCGCAAUUGCCGUGCUUGCAUUAUUGGCACUUGGACUGCUGCUGGGCUGUUUUUUUUACAGAAGGAGGAACACGCGGGACUCUAAAUGCGAACCUUUAAAUAUGAAUGGCGACUCUGUAAUGCUUGAAGGCUCUGUAAUUCCUGAAAUGGAAAAGAGUUUAUUAAACACAUCCACCGUAUUCGUCAAGACACCGCGCCGAGAUAAUAUAAACGAUACGAAAACUACAGAAGUAACCGAAAUGAGCCGAACUUUGCUUGAUGGGGAUUCAGUCUUUGCUGGAAGUGCUGAUGAAGAGAGCCGUUCCUUGGACUUCACCGAGCCGACGCGAACUCAGCGAUCUCGAGAUUGUCUUGAUCCUGAAUAUGUUCGAGCCCAUGACGAUCGCACUCAUCGACCUGAUCUACUGCCCUCAUUCCCUGCACGUGCACCGCAAUUAUCGCCAGCUGGAAGCAGCACAGCCUCGGUUGGGCCUCAGUCUCCAUCUGGAUCUGCUUACCAGUAUCGAUUCCGCACACUGCCGCAUUCGCAUUCGCACUCGCGUUCUCAGUCUCCAUUCACUGGCACCGUGAUCAACGUCCCACCAAGGCAUGGAUAUGUGACGAUACCGAGACGUCCGUCCGGUCAAAAGUGGUCUGUCAGUUCGGCGCCGCCUCAGACUACACUCACGAAGGACGACUGCGAGCCGGUGUACGACAACUUAGGAUUACGAACUACAGCCGACGGCAGCUCCGUGCUGUCUUUGAAUAAGCUUGCGGCAAGUUCUCCGGCACCUCAUGCUGCCGGAACGAUGAGAAGUCGCCCACUGCCGCUGCCGCCACAUUAUACGCCUCUGGGCGAUGAGAAUAGAACGCAGCCUGAAGGCGCAUCCCUGGGACGCACGGACGAGAUGUCUGUAACUGUACUGCCGGGGAGAGAAACGCCAGCCCUGAGGCCAUCCGGUAAGGUCGGGCCCAAAGUUCCGCCGAAGCCUAGCAAGAUGAUCCUGAGAGCGGAAUCGACGCCACUCUACGAAGACGAAUGCGAAGAUGGAACGGAGGUCUAACAAGAAAACAUUGAGUAUUUUUAUAGUGUUGGGUGCCAUAGAAUGUACAUUGAGGACCAAAAUAGAUUAGAAAAUAAAACGAUGUACCUUUUUACGAAUUCGACAGUGUGCUAAGAGAGGUGACUAAAACUGGAUUAGGUUUUAAUUAAAAUUUAAGUAAAUUGUACUAUAUGUAGGUUAAUUGGAAUAUGGAAUACGAAGUGUACUAUGUUUGCAUAUGUGUUAAUAUGCGUAAGAAUAUAUAUGUAUAGUGCAUAAAUUUAGGAUAUAAUUGUCCAAUUAUGAAACUGACCACGCAAAAGACUUGCAAGGACUUGUAAUAAUAAUGAUGAAUAGUGCCUUUUUAAGUUAUAUUUUAUGUGUCUUCUUGUUCGCGUGAUUACAUGGGGUUGAGUGAAACGAUGUAGGAACAUUUGGCAGAAUUGAUAUGUGAAAGAAACUAUUUGGUGCUUGAAAAACUAAUCAUGCUUCCUGCUUUUACUUUCUCCCCCGCAUGCGAAUUAUCUUAUAUGUGGUGUAAAUAAAUUAAGAUA